AUGUCACUUAAUUAUGUUUUUUUUUCAGAUCAUAUCUUACGUGCCUUAAGUAGUCUGGAAACUACAGAAGAGAAGUUAGCUGCUUUAUGUAAGAAAUAUGCUGAUUUGCAUGAGGAACAUAGAGUAUUACAAUCUUCAUUUAAACAAGCUCAGAGACGCAUGUCAGUUAUAAGUCGAGAAAAAGACCAGAUACAGUCAGAACAUACUAAAGCUGUUAUGGGAAAAAGUAAAUUAGAGAGUUUAUGUCGUGAACUACAGAAGCAUAAUAAACUUAUUAAGGAAGAAAGUAUACAAAGAUCUAAAGAAGAAGAUGAAAAAAGAAAAGAAAUAUCUUCUAAAUUUCAAACAACUAUUGGUGAAAUACAACAACAGAUGCAAGAAAAUCAUGAUAGACAUACUAAAUUAAGGGAGGAAAAUGCUGAUUUAGCUGGUAAAUUAAAAAACUUUAUGGAAAAAUAUGAGUUGCAGGAAGAGAAACUAGAGAAAUUAUUGAAACAUAAAGAAAUAGAACAACAGUUAUCUGAAGCCAAAUUACAACAAGCCCAGAUUUUAUUAAAACAAGAACAAGAACGUGGUAAACAAGAAAAAGAACUUGUAAGUAUUGGAUUGAUGAGAGAUACAUUUCUGUUUUUCUUACAAAUUCUUGGUAUGUAUAAAGAUAGAUAUGAAGAUUUUCAAUCUACUAUCAAUAAGAGUAAUGAUAUGUUUCAAAAGUUUAAAACUGAGAUGGAUAAGAUGAGUAAACGUAUUAAGAAGUUAGAAAAAGAAGGUGCUCAAUGGAAGGCUAAAUGGCAUGGUUGUAAUAAAGCUUUAUUAGAUAUGGUAGAAGAGAAACAAAAGCAAGAUGCAGAUAAAGCUAAGUUACAAGCCAAAUGUACCAAAUUAGAAUCUUUAUGUCGAGCAUUACAAAAUGAACUUCAUGGUAAAAAGAGUGUUGAAGCCCCAAUUUCGGAACCAGGUAAAAUAAUUUAUCAGUUUUAUUUGUAUCAUUUGUAA